AGCGGCCUUAUUCAAGGUUCGUUCGUAUCUAAUGGCGAAGAUCGGUGGAUACACAUAUGUAUGUUUAUAUGUUUGGAAGCAUGUUUCCAUGAACCCGCAAAAGAAAAAUGCAGAUUAAUCAAAGUUUAUCAAUUCCGUGCACCAGGAAGCAAAGUCUGACGUGAAGCGGGGCGUUGAAAUGCGCCUGGGCCGCAGGGGCGAGAUUGCGUUGCGCCGAGCACGCUCCGUCUUGCUUUGGUCUCGACCCAAAGUCUACACGUGGCACCUAGCCCUCUUGUUUUGGCCUUGCUUUCUCCUUUGGACGAAUUGGUAGUGUUUGAGUGGUGUUCAAUAUCUGUAUUAACAUCUAAUGAUACACUUAAAAGUAUUUUCUCAUUAUGUCAUCAACAACUGUCAUUGCAAUCAAUGCAGGAAGUUCAUUCUCUGCACCAGAACAUUGACGCGUCAGUUGCCGUUAACUCUAUCAUGAGAGCAAGAGACUCUUGAAAGGCCGUUAGAUUUGCUUAAAAUUAGACAUUAAUACACUUCCAUAAUUCGUAACACAAAAAGUAUGUUAUGUUUAUUGAAACUGAAUGGAAAUACUGAUAACCUGCAUACAAGCCCUCGUUGAAACAUCAUUAAUAUCUAUAGUACUGGAAGUUAUAAUGAAAAAUAUUUGCAAAUCGUAAGAAAUUUAAUUUAUCUGAAAAUCAAUUUUCACUGUUAUAGGGCUUGUUAUACAAAGCGUUGUUGUUAGUAGACGGUGUGCAAUCUCCUCAUUUCGAAGUGCCCGAAACCAAACACAGGCGGACAGAGACCCACCUCCGGUGACCACGACCUGCGUGGCGAGAUAACCAGGAGGAUCGCCUUUCGGACGAGAAGCUGAACAUUAUUGGAACAUGUUGAUGUUUGUGACGUAGCUGAAGCAUCUGUAAACAAAAUGGCCAAGUUAUCUAGCGAGGAACGAGCCCUGUUUCCGCUCAGUGACAUAGACUCAGUUGUGAAAUUAUUUAGAAUUCAUUUGUCAAAAAACAGUGAACCAAAUUUGGCGAUAUUAUCAAUUAUCAUUGGAUACAUUGAAAACACACUGACGUGCUCGCGCGGUGGCUCAGAGCCCACACCAGAACUGGAUGAUGACUGCUCAGGCAAACGGGCAGAGGACCACCGUGUUUUGCCAGUCGUGGAUUACGAAACAGUGGAAGCCUUGCAUCAAAGGUUUUUAGCAAUUAUCAAGGCACAUGUGGAUGUCACCGCCUUUGGUUCACCUCGUUAUGGAACUCGAGAACUUAUCAAGCGGAUAUCAGAUGUUGUCUGGUGUACAUUAUCCAGCAGUUAUUAUAAAGAUCGAGCACAUUUACAGUCAAUCUACAGUUACAUGACAGGUAGCAACUAUAGUUUCAAACAUGAAUCCAGGGAUCAAUGCCACAACAGACUCUGAGGAGGUGAUGCUCCUUCAGCAAGCUCUUCUCUGGUCUCUCUAUGAUGCAGGACACCUUGCCAAAUACCCUAUGGCAAUAGAUAACCUGGGUGAUCUUGAAGAGAUGAUGCCUUCAAAGGGCAGAGCAGCUGCAACCAAAAUGUAUGAGGAGGCCAUCACCAGUGCUGUACGUUACUACGACAACCAGCACGUAUAUCCAUAUACCUACCUCGGUGGAUACUGCUAUAGGAACAAACUAUAUAAACAAGCUCUAAAGUACUGGGCAAAAGCUGCUUCUGUUAUUAAAAAUUACAACUAUUCCAGAGAUGAUGAAGAAAUCUACAAGGAGUUCCUGGAGAUUGCCAAUGAACUUAUCCCCCACAUCAUGCGUGUUGUAAGCUCUGGAAUAUCAGCAAGAUCCAUUCUUAAGGAUCCGGAGUGCUUUGCCUACCUUCUUGAAUUCUAUGAUGGUAUUUGUGAAUGGGAAGAGGGCUCCGCCACCCCAGUCCUGCACAUAGGAUGGGCAAAAGCACUUUUUAACACUAUUUCCAAGUUCCAUGCCCAUGUACGUUCACAUGUGAAAAUAUAUUGUGUGGAUCCAGAAACAACAGACAUUGAUGCUGCAGAUUCUUCAGUUUUUUUGAAGGAAGCAGAGGAGAAUUCGACAACUGCAAGUUCUCAAGAUCAGAAUGGGAAUAUGGCUACAGACUUAAUAAGUCUUGCAGAGGAGGAGAUUGACCCAAGUGAAAUGAUGCAUCGAUGGCCUCCAGUUAGAUUAUUUUCUGCUAAGAUGAGAGGGCUACGGGAUCUUCUCCUUGCAGAUAAAUUAAAUUCUCAAGAAAUUGCAGGAGAACGCUCAAUAAAAGAUGGCUGUGUUCCCCCAUGCUGGAUCAAGACUCAUGGUGGAUCAUAA